AUGUUCAGCAUAUCCACGGCUGACAUGGUCAUAUCGGUUUACUAUCUUUUUCGGUAUACUCUUAACAACUUGGUUAUACCAAGUCGCUACCCGACAAUUCUAUUCUUCAUCACGAACAACGCAUUUGCAGACGCUAUUCUAAUAUAUCGCUUCUAUACCAUUUGGUGUCGAGAAAAGCGCUAUAUCCUUCCUCCAUCUGUUAUUCUUUUAUGCUCUUCCAUAUUCGGAUAUCUCUUUUCCAAUUCUCCUUCAGACCGCCUUUACAAACUCGUCCCUGUCUCGAUGUGGAUGACUUUUGGGCUUAAUGCCUGCUUGACAUUACUUAUAGCGGGCAGAUUAUUCUGGUCCGGGCGGAAUUCGAGUCCUAUACUUGGGCCAGAUCUCUCACGGAGGUAUUUCUGUCUCUGUGCCCUAAUCAUAGAUUCAGGUUCUAUAUACUCUACGUAUCUGCUACUGGACCUGAUAACACACUGGACACUCUUAAGGGCAGGCUUGAACCAAAUAGUUGGAAUGGUUCCUACUUUGAUCAUUAUUAGAAUUAGCCUCCGCAGGGCUUCUUUGAAUGGAUCCACAAUCUUACCACGCGCCGGAGGCUCCAGUACGCCAGUUCUCGACUCUAUCUUCAGUACAGUUGGUACUGGGGCGCCCAACACUGCGCCUCAGUCACCUCGUGGAGGGGGAGGCGAACAAUUGCCUCAUGAGCUUACCGAGACGGCCUGA